AGAAUGCCCCCUUCUUUCUUCUAGCCCCCCUUUAGAUACUGACAGGCUGCUCUCAGGUCUCCCCAGAGCCUUCCCUUCUCCACGCUGAACAGCCCAAGCUCUCAGCCUGUCCUCAUAGGGAAUUGUACCAUCCCAUGUAUCACUUUUGUGCCCCUCCUCUGGACACGCUCCAACAGGUCCUCAUCUCUCCUGUGCGGAGGACUCUUCACUUGGGCACAGUACUCCAGGUGAGGUCUCUCCUGCUUUGUCACAGUAUUGCACUUCCUGCUUUGGCUUCUUUAACUUCUUUUUCAGAGUUAGGUUAUUCUGGAAGUUGUUUUCCCAAGAAGCAGAAGCAGCAAGCGAUAAACGAAGUAACAGAAAGAACAAUUCUGUCUUGGCUUUUUAAGUGGUUUGAAUAAUUUUUUUAUUUUAGAAAUCAAAUUAAAAAAAUUUUUAAUCUAAAAUUUUUAAUUUUUUUAAUUUUUAAACUUUUUUUCCUUAGAGUUUUAACACUUGAAGUCAUCCCAUUAAAAGAACCAGUCCCCGACAGAUGAGGAAGAAAUAAAGGCAAGCAAGUCACUUUUGUGACUGCAAAGAACACAUAAGCAUUUUAUCCCAAGAAACUCAAGAGAAAGAAAAACCUGUUUGUUUAAUUUGUUUUGUUUUAGAGAUCUAUUAUCUUAUAGAAAAUUGCAUGAUUUCUUUGUGGCCCUAACCCAUAAAAGAAGUCUGAAAUUGAUAGUUCUGCCUGAGAUUUGUCUUUUUUUCCCCAAAUCAAGUCAGGUGAUAUCACUGAGCACUGUGCGAGGUUUAACUAACAGCAUUUACAGUGACAAGAAGAAAGUGCUUCUAAUAUUUUUGCACAAAUUCUACAGUCUAGCUCUACUAGAUGCAGACACAAUCUUAAUUACAUAUGCAAAACUUAUUCUAUAAAUACUAUUUUAUUCUGCUAUUCAGUUUUUCAAGUUGGGAAGAGGAAAAAAAAACUACUUUCCAAGAAUGAACACUUGAGAGGGGUGAAAAAACAAAUUCUUCUUUGGAAGUCUUAGAAUGAAAAAGGAAAUCACUUGCAAGUAAAGGAAAAAUAUUGAAGCCCCUUGAGGCAGAAGCAGAACAAAGUGUCUCUAACCCAUUUGAUUCACCAUCUUGUAUUCUCCCGCUGCUAUAUACUCCAUCAAGGUCAUCUUUUUCUUGGUUAAGCAGUAUCUUAAUGGCAUUUGUGCACACAUUCAAGUAGUUUGCCUUCAAAAUACAGUUUCUUCCUUUGGAUCAGUACAUUCAAUUAUGCGUUACAGUUUUGCAACAAGGAAAAGAAGGAGGGACAGGUACCAAGUCCUCUUGCCUCCCAGUAUAGUGCAGAAAAAAGUCUGCCUUUAUAAAUACAAUAUGGAUGCUGACUGGCUGGUGCCUGCUUACCCUAAUGAGCUUAAAGUCUUACUUGUAGUGGACAUCUGUCAAGACAGAAGUGAGGCACGCAAGUCCUCUUAAUCCAUUAGCUCUAAAUCCAGCAGAGCUUUCACACUCCUUUUUUUGAAUCAAAGAAGAAAACCUGUGUGGAAACAUACAGUGGGACAGUGCACGACUUCAAGACCAGGUCCUGGGCAAUGAGCACAUGAGAUUUCAAGGCAAACUACAUCAAGAACUGUCAACAAAACUAAGAUUGUGAUGGAAAACUUGUGAGAAAAAGGCCAGUCUGCAGUUCGGGAUGAGACAGUGAGUUUGAUUCUUUGUUGUAUUUUCCAUAGUUCAUCUAGAUUUUAAAUCAAAAAUACAGCCAAAGACGAAGAAAAGAUGGGCUGCACACCAUCGCACAGCGAGAUUGUUAAUACUCUUGCAAGAAGCGGCCUUAAGGCCUUGAAUAAGCCCAAAGGUGUUUUGCGUAUUGAUCCAACAGAUAAAGGAAUCCCACUGCUAGUUAAAGGUUCGUCUUGCUACAGUAUUGAUGAACUUCACCAGUAUGGGGUCCAGAGGAAUGACUGCCCAAUAGAAACCAAGGAGAAGAUGUCUGAGCAGGAUAAGAGUGAUAAUUUGCAGUUUUCUUCCAACUCUCAUCCAGACCUCCACGUUUCCAGGGAAGGCAGGGUAAUUGAGAGGACAGCCACAGAGGCUGAAGUUAUUUCCAAAUUGAUUGAAUCUCAAAAACACAUCACUGAGGCUAUACAGAUCAGAAAGCAAAGCUCCUGUGAAUCAGAAGCAUCAGCUUUCAUUUGGGAUAAUAAGAAUGAAAGCAGUACAAAGCAAAUCCUAAAGAAAGGGAAGAAGCAAAAGAAUCAUAAGACAGCAAAGCAAGGUCGUCCUAGCAAAACUAAAGAAAAGGACAUUUUGUCCCCAUGUGAGACACAGGAAAAGGUAGACUUCCCAGAACUGCUUGUUAAGGCUCAUCAGAGUGCAUAUGCUUACUUAAAUCCCAACCUCUCCAAGUAUGAAGCAAUACUUCAUAUGGCCGACCAGGCUGCCCAAACUCAGCUCUUCCUACAACAGAUGGUAAGCUUCCUCGUGCUUCGCUUCGAUGAAAUCAACCAGCUCUUGGAAGAAAUUGCUAAUGACGGGGAAAGUCUUCUCAAAGAUGUGGGGGGGAAUCUGGCAUGGCCAUCAGAAAAAGGUGAUUUCAAGGAGCACCCUGAUCUUCUGCAACAGCUACUGCAAUACACAAUCAAUAAAAUGCAGUUACUGAGCGGAACGCUAGCCUCUCUCACCUCCGAUGCCCUGCAGGAGACAUGUAACUACCUGCAGACCGCUGCAAGCAACUUGGAAGGAAAACUGAAAGCAAAGCAAAUGUUUGAUGAGCGCCUGCUUCAGACAGUAAGGCUGCUUGAAGCCUCAACCAUGGGGAACCCUCAGUUCCACGGCGAUGACAGGACUCUCUGUUCUGAGGACAGUGGCAUUGGUGUGGACAACGAAUCCCUCAAAGACUUCAGUCCUUUCAGCCAGCUUGGAGCACAAGCAAGCUUUGAUUCCUCUGCACACGGCCUUCUGUCCCAAAAGCACACCAGAAUGAUGGAGCAUAUCCAUAACGGGACGAGGCCACCAGGCACCGCCACAUCUCACAACUAUACACUUGAAAGGCAUUUUAAAGAUGUGUUUCAUUCAUCUGUACAGAGUAGGGAAGGAACUUCUUGUCAAGGCAGAGUACCAGAAGGUAUUUCCACUGUGGCGCAAUAUGCAAGCUUGAGCAAAAGCCACUCCUGUAACUCCUUCCAGUCUGACUCUACUCAGGAAUAUGAACAUUUCAAAGCUGGUGAAUCAAUAGAUUCUCCUUCAGAAGAUGAUGAUGAAGGGAGCACCCUGGGUGAAGAUGAUGACAACAUAAGUUUAUCAGAAAUGGGAAAGGAUGCCCUGCCAAGGAGGCCCCAGUCUUCACCUGCAGUCGCUGAUAACACACAAAGACAGUCCAUCAAAAGGACAGAGAAUGCAGAAGCAGAGGAAAUGAUUCUGAAGAUGAAAGAUGCCAUCAGUGAAAAAAUCAAGUUUGUCCCAGCUAAAUCUAGGCGUAAAGAAUGGAUGGAAGAUGAGAACGGAACAGCCAUCUUAACAGCAAGGCCCAGUACAGCAACAGGCAGACAGAAAACCUUUGGUAAACAACGACGAUCCCGAUCAGAGGAGUCCCUCAGAAGCCAGGCAGAGGACCCAACCCUCCUGGAGCUUCAGAGAACUCAAAAGGAGCUCAGCAAAAGGCUAGAAAUGUUUUAUGGAAAGAAGGAAACAGAUAACAACAAAGAGCCUUGGAAACUAAGAACAACACGUUACUUGCAGGAUGAGCAAGUUACAUCUAGGUCUUCUAGCAAACUGAAGGCAUGCCUCUCAAAAAAUUUCAGCAUCCUGCCAAACCAGGAUAAAGUCCCUUCAUACAUGGUUGAUCAAAAUCCUGCCCCUCAGCUGGAUGAAAAAAGAGACAAGAAGCCUUUGAAAGCUACCGUGCCCACCCAGGAGACAUCAUCAGGGAAUGAAGAAAACAAGCCUCCUAGAACACAAAUGCUCAGUGGCAGCAGUUGUGCCCCGCGCCAGUCUGUCAAAAAGCUCAUUGAAACAUUCAGUCCCACUGAUGAGCUCGGAAAAGCCACACCUUUAAGAUCCUUAGGACCAGUAAAAUGCAUCAGAAAAUUUGGACUCCCAGUCAUCCCACCCACUCUUCCCUUUCAGGGAGGCCUAGCACCUUUAAAUGUUAAGCACCGUAUUUCACCAGUAGAAGGCACAAAUCUUUCAAACAACAGCGGAGUUUGUUCUAACUUUCUAAAUGCCUUUCCUCCUGUACCAGCUGCAGAAUUAUGCAAGGACACAAAGGAAGAGAUAGAUGAAGACAUUGAGAACCUGCCACCACCACCCCCUGAAAUGCUAAUGGACAAUACUUUUGACUCCUCUGAGAUGGAAGAAACUGUAAGAAUAGAAGGAAGCUCAUCAGAAGAUGCCAAAAAGCCUGCCAAAACAGAAUUUCAAGCUACUAAGAGAGCACAAGUCUCCCCAAAAAUGAGGGCCUCCCUCCAGUCCAUUGACUUAUUACCAAGUAAAAAUAUCAAUGGCCCCAAUGCAGCUGCUAACAAAGUUCUAAGGAACAGUGAACCGAGGGAUGAUAAACUGCAGAUAUAUUCUCUGGAGUUAAACCCAACCAAUGUGUACACCCCUAGCCAGGAAGAGAUAUUAGCGACCCAGAGAAAAGAGGCUGCAGAUUUGUACAAGCAGACGCAUAAAAUUAUUCCUCUUCAAAAUCCCAGCAGGGUUUCAAAUCCACACAGCAACAGCUCAGAGGGCAUAGAGGCCAAUUCACCCGCAACUUCGGUGCCAUACCAGAAGCACAGCUCUCCCAACUCGCUCAGGAGAAACGAAAAAGGCUCAGCGUUCUCUAGGAGGGUGUCCCCAGCGAGAACCCCCCCUUCUUCUCCGCCAACCGAGAAACGGCUUUUCAGCCCUCCAACUCACCACAGACACUCUCUGCAAGCUUUCAGCAAUCCACAGCCCAGCUCGCCCACCAUGCAGAGGAAACCCAGCCCUCCUGCCAGCCCCAGAGCAGCCAGCCCUCCUUCGCAGAAGAAGCUGCCCUCUCCACCGGCCCAGCGCAAACUGCUCAGCCCUCCCGCGGAGCACAAGCAGAGCUCAUCAACCCCACACCGGCCGCCAGGCUCCCCAACAUACCGCCGUGACACAGGGCCUGCUCCAUUUCCCAUCGCCCCAUCCCCACCAAGCUCCCCAUCUCGCUCCUACAGAGGAUCAAGAGCAGGUUUGGAUGCUGGGGACGAGCUCCACCCUUCCUCCCCCAAGAAGGGCAGCAACGUACAUUCAAUAUUUUGCCCAGCCACCUCUUCGCUAUUUGAAGCAAGACCUCCACCAGCACCCAGAAAAUCCUCAGAGGAGGUCACCAGUCAGCCUGAAGCUUCAAAACCUUCCCAGAAGAGCAGCCUGCUUUUCCAGCAGCUGGGAGCCCGAACCAGGAAGCUGUCCCUGAGCGCUGCCAGUCCUCAGCCAUUUGUGAGGAGAAGUUUCUCCGACCGUCGACCAGGGGUCCGGUUCUUCCUUCCAGCUCCUGUGACAGCUGCCAGUGAACCCGCUCUUAACCAAGCAAGGUAAGAAAUUUUCAAUUUAAAUCAGGAAAGCAACAGUAUCGCAUUGUGUUGGCUCUAUAAACUCCUGAAGAGAAUUUGUUGUCAUUAAGAGAUUCCCCAGAAAAGUACUCUGUUCCAAUAGGUGGCAGAUGGCUGGGGAAAGAUAGCAUCAUCUUGCCCCAGAUUUCCAUAGAUGCCUGUCAGAGUAAGAGAAUAGUUAACUAUGCACAGCUUGCUUAAGCCUUACACUGCAACCAGGGAAAGUUCAGCGUUGGUUUCAUAGUGUUGAAUUUCCCUUAUGUCUUUGGGUUCUAAGGACAUCCACAUUCAAUUCUUAACAGCUAUGGAAUAGCCUUCAGGUUAUAAACAUUUUUAAAUAACCGUGAGAAGAUCGACUGGGGUGUUUUUACUAGCAUCAGCUUCUAAGCCAGCAAACUGUUCAACAGAAAUGUAUGUUAAACUAUUUCAAGUCAGCUGGCAAGAAUAAUGUGUAGAUGAGGGUAAGGAUCUGUAGGGCCAUAAUUAUAGCUGAAAGUUGGACCUUAUUGUGUAAGCUUUCAGAUCUAUGUACUAAUACCCAGUCUGGUGGUUCCAAAGACCAAACCCAAUUUCAAAAAGGAGAAUCUCCCAAGGCUGCCAGAGAUUCACUGGUAUCAAAGCAUCAGAUACAAGAAAUUCCAUGCUUGCAACCACUGGUGGACAUUUUUGAAAUACCUGGGCUUGGCUUUAAAUUUUCUCUACCACUUAAAAAGAAAAACAAAAAGGCCCUAAAACUCAUAUGAGUAUUUGGGAGCCGUUAAAGAUCAGUGUAACUGUCUGGAAGUACAAAGUGUUGUUAUUCUAGUUUCUUAGCAUCUUAGGAUGUUUUAGUCCAUUAAGCUCUAAGCUACACAAGAGGAUUAAGACCCUUCCCAGGCAGGCUUUCCUCACAUGAGGAGUAUUUUUACUCUUGCUGCAGCAGAGCUGAAAUCACACAAAUUGUCCCCAUGAGCAGAGCUUGCAAGAUCAAGCCCAACAGAAAAUAAAAUUGCAUGUGUGAAUGCACAAGCAUACACUCCUUCCCAAAGACAGGACUAGAACCACACUCAUGGAAAAAAAAGGGGCUAAACAAAACUGGGAAACAGUUUUGCAUUCUGGGUUCUAAUUUUGCAUUGUAUUCUGACAUUUGAAGAUUAUAUGAAAGUUGUCUACAUUGCUGUUGGGAUUUCUGCUGUUAUGUGUGGUGUGAAGCCAGCUUUGUCUACUCCAGUGCCCACUAGAAUUAAUUAAUGUUUUUCCAAAGCGGCUUUGUGUCAAACGCUGUAAGACAAAAGCCCUGGGAGUUUUAUAGCUCAAUUUUAAAAACAGUCUACUAUAAAUUGUUAACUAAUUUAUGCUUCAGUGGUGUGUGUUAUCUCUCUAUUGUAGUCUGUCACAGCACAGAGAGUAAUAUAAAGAAAAACCACUGUAAAUAAAAUCAUCCCUUUCAUGAGAAGCACGAUAUCUAGUGUUAUGAUAUACACCAUUUCUAGCCAUUUUGGAAGAAAGAAAUAUAUCCUGAGCCAAAUUCAGCUUAUCACUUAUACAAACAGAGAUCAAAUGUUGUCCCAUUGAGUUAGCUCAAAUUUAUGUCAUUGUAAACAAAAGGGAAACUUAGCCCAUUCAUUACUACACGCACUGUCUCAAGAUUCAAUAUUCUGUUGUUUGCUUUCUUAGACUUAAAAUAAACUGCCUAGAAUUGACUUUUACAGACCUUGCUUUGGCAUAAUACAAAUGUCACAGCAAAUGUGCUGAUGAGCAGAGAAGGGCUAUUUCAGGAAGCAGCACAUGGCAGAAGCUCUGAGAGCCCCCUCACAUCACUGCUGCCCAUCUCUUUGCCUAGCACUGAGCAGUUGCCACAGCUGUGAGCACCUCAAACCACACACAGAUGCUGAUCCUUGCUGUUACAGCAGAUGCCAUAACAGAGGAAGCACCACACUGAUCCAUCUUUCACCUUCAGGUUUAUUAGCCAUGCAAGGCUUCCUCUGCUUUGCAAUUCAUUCUGCUAACAGGAAAAUUUCAAAACAUCUCCCUCAACCAGAUGUUAUACUCCUAAAAUUCUUCAUACUGGCAGUGUUUGCAUCUGGUCUCAAAUUGCAAGCUGUUCCCACCUAACUCAGUGUCCUUUCCUUCCUUCCUUGCUCUUCUUCUCGUCAAGUUCAACAAUGCCUCUGUGCAUGCAAGUUUUUGUGUAUGCUAUGAGCAGCUUCAAGCUUUAGUCACAGGAGGGAGGAGGGACAGGCAAAUCUGCAGUGGUAUCACAUUUGUACAGGUAAAGCAGUUUGAAAGUCAGCAAUGUAGCCAGUUUCUCCCAUGCUUGUGCAAACUCUGGGAUAUAUCACUCCAUUUUCCAUGCCCAGGUAAAACAGUUGGUUUCUGGGAAAAUACUAAAUAUAAUCUGUCAGGAGUUUGUACAAAUAACACAUCUCAGCAAGUCAUCGGGCAGCAGAGUCCCCUUUCUCACCUACCCCAUUUUAACAGCAACAACAGAAGCAGCAGCAGCUUCCAUUCAGCUUUGGUAACUAGCAUUGCCAGGCAUUAAAUAUCACUGCUACACACAGAUUUGCACCUGCCACGUGCUCACUGCUCCUCUAGAAGGCAAAAAGUGCUUCUUUCCCAAGUAUAUCUGCCACCCAUCCUAUGCUAUAAGAAAUAUCAGGACUUAAAAAAUCAUGAGCCUUAAAAUCUACAGCUUUUGUAUUUAGUAUUAGGGUACCUGGGCGAGAAGCUCAGUUCCAGAUUUCAGUUUCUAUGUUCAACAACUACUAGUUGAACAAAUCAAGUAAAGCAUGCAGUUCCUGUUUGGACAGAUUACGGAUGGAUUAAACUGAGCUAACUUUGCUGGUUUGUAAGCUUGGUAAUUUGACAGAGAUCAACAGUUAUUGGUAUAUUAUCAAGGUAUUUACAAUUGUUCUGCUUAUAGAAAUCCUGAUAAAUUUGUAAUACACAAAGCUCAUAUGCAGUUAAACAAUAUUUAAUUGAAACUGCUAAUCUUCCAAGUAGUAGACCAGAGAUGGAAGAAAUGCUAUUGCCAUUAAGAUAUUGUUCAAGAAGGUAUUGGCAAGGGAAUUUGUUCAUCAAAUCAGGCCCAAAGCAAGUAGCCAAAGUGCUACUUCUGCACUUGGGGGUUAUCUGAAUCUGGAUUAGAGUUUUGUGACUGGAAACAUAUCACAAAUCUCUUUCAUCCAGUCUUUCAAAUCUUGAAAGUCCCAGCAGAUAGAAUAGGAACAUAAAGCUUGUCUAUAGUCAAAAGCCAAUUCAGUUUAUCAGUUUAUGUGCUUAAAAUACAAUAAUGAUUCUGGAUAACUCCGGGGUAUUUCCUUACGUUUAGCUUAAACUCUUAAUUAGUUAAAGCAACAUGGGACACAUCUCAGUAUAAAGGCCUGCGGAGUGAGAUAUCCAUGGCUAGUUCUUUUGCUGUAAUCACUCUUGAUUCACAAAGUUUCUGUGCCUCUGGAGAUUGCUUGUGCAACCUCAGGAACAUCACUUGCACUCUAUGCCUCAGUUCUCCUGUUUGUAAUGGGGCAGCUUUAUGCCACCAGAGCAUAUAUUCCAUUGCCAUGUUGGUGACCUCAGAAAUCCCUGUGACCAUGUGGAUGUAGAGGUAAGACCUUUCAUCCAGCAGAGUCUGGGUUUGGAAUAAGACUUCUCACUCAAAUCCGUCUCCAUCUGCAAGUGAAUCUAGAUUCAUACUGCUUCCCUGUUAAACAUUUUAAAUAUUUGCAUCCCAAGGAAGUUUUGGAAGGGGAGAGAGAGUACAGUGUGUAUGGUACAACAGAAGAGGGAAUGAAAAGAAGAAAGUCUGGAGGGCAUAUAGAGAAAGCAUGUACGCAGAAGAAAAUAGGGAGUUACCUAGUACUGUGCAGCAUUUGUGCCUCAUGGGUUAACGUGGCUAAUCAGUAUUAUUUUGAUAAAUAACAAUUCAUUAGCCUCUUAACUUGAACAUCUUUCCUUCUGUAGCAUGGAUGAGAGCCCUAGAAAAGCAGGCGACCCUUGGAGCAACCCUUGUGCCCCUGAAAUCAAAGAGUCCAACAGAUCCGCCUCCCACCCAGAGCUCUACAUCGUGGGCCAGGGGCUGCAGAGGGACUGACUGCAGAAGAACCCAGGAAGGCAGAGGCACAAGCAAGGCCUGAGGUUUGCAGGAGGGAACAGCCUUACCCAAGCCUCCAAACACCACUCUGUUAUUUUUAAUCACAAGGAAACAAUACGAUGGCAUUGCAUCUAAAAACCCAAAUCUCAGUCUCCAGAGGAAAUACCAGAGUAGUAACCAGCUGCUUCUCCUUCUGAUUGCAAUCUAGGAUUUAAUUCAAAGGUUUACUUUUAACAACAGAAACACUUCCCAGUUCUGAGAGCUUGAUGCAAACUGAUUCAGAACUUUCAUGGAAUAAAUUCAGGCCCCUGGGCUUCCUCAGCCCAGAGCAGAGGAGCUGAGGGGAGGCCUCACGGCGGCUGCAGCUCCUCACAGGGAGCGGAGGGCAGCGCUGAGCUCUGCUCUCUGGGGACAGCAGCGGGGCCCGAACAGUCAUGAACCAAUUGAAUUCUAUUGCAAAAUAUAAAUGACUUCAACAAAGUCACAACUUUAUACUAGGUUAUUUGUGAACUUUUAUAGAGAGAAAAAGACCAAAUACAAGUUAAAACAAAAAAUGACCCUUUUUAUUCAAGGGAUAUUAGAAACGUUAUUUCCUCAAAAAGACUUUGAUCUUCUAAAGCAUCUUUGAUUAUCUUGUAAUCUCAUCAUCUCUAGUUCUCAGGAUACAAGGCUUAAUCCUGAUUAGAGUAGUUUUGUAACAGCCCAAUCAAACGUCCUGAGGCACUUAAGGACAUGCUAAAAGAAAAAAAGGAAAAGAAAAAAGAGAAUCCUGUUCUCUCAGAAAGAGGUUUAUAUUCUAGUUUACGCAGUUUGAAGGGAUUUACUGUGACUUCUAGACAGAUUCCUGCUAAUGAAAACACAAGAUACUGACAAUUGGUUAAUCAUAGGCUGUUACAGCACCCACUAAGAUAGUUUAAGAAUUUACUGGAUUUUGCUCAUAGAACUAGUUUGUCGUCAGAAUUAAGAUGCAACUUUUUAAUUUACCUAAUUUGACUUGUUUUUAUAUGCCAGUACAGAAAAAGAUCCAGAAAAAGACUCAUUUCUAGUCCUACUUUGGUGGGAAUAGCUUUAGUUUUUCCUACAGUUUUCACGAUGAUGAACACUUCAUCUACAUGCAGAAUUUUUAACCCUCUCUGGCCACCUUCACAAUGAGGGAAUUGAGGCUUGCCUUAUGCUGUACAAGGGACCCCUUUGGUUACUGAACUCCUCUGACUUUUACAAUAGUGCCUUCAUCACAACCACCCAUCUUCAAUAAACUCGGUGCCAUUUUGUACCAUACACACAAGAAAACCUUAAUUGUAGUAUUUAAGGUAAAGCAUUGAAUGUAAAGAAGUAACUUGUAGCACAUAGAUGCUUUGGAUCAUUGGGGGUCUGUGAGCGUGAGGUGACAAAGUAGCCAUACCCAGGGCUUACAGGUAGGAGAUGUCAGCAGAUCCACAUUGUAAUCACAUGGACAGAUACGCUAUUCCCUAUAAAAUGGGGAAAUCAACAAGCAGAUGCUGCAAGGGUCCUCAGCAGAGCAAACUCUGUAAUUCAGUUCUCCUCCUCAUCAGAAAUUUUGUCCACUCCCAUUGCAUUAAAAUUACGCAUACAUUUUGUACGCAUUUUGGAUUCAUCUAUUCUGCUGGCAUUAGCUGUCAGAACAGAAAUAAACCAGAAACAUGACAGCAGAAUUUUGGCACUUUGCAUGCCUAAAUGUGGUGUUGAAGAUGAAAAUGCAAGAGCAAAAGGACAACUUCUGCUCAGUUGCUACAGUCAUUUCAUUCCUUCAUGGCCUAAUGCUGAAAUUUCUCAGCAUCCACGAUGGGUGAUAACUGAAAGUAUGUUAUUUAUGCCCCCCCGAGCAGCAAAUUUUUCUGUGGUGUAAGAGCUACAGCAGCCCACAGAGAAAUGCUAGAGCAAUCAAGCUGAAAACCUGCUCACACAUGUGCUGGCUGGACACGAAAUCAGCCAAACCACCUUUCCCUGAUUGAAAAAGGCUCUCCUGAAGACAUGUCACAUAAGCCAGCUUCCAGUACAGCAUCCGUUCCAGUUUUGAUUAAGGUCAUGUCAUCCGGAUGCUCAUCUCAACCAUAGUUCCACCUAAACACUGCAGCUGUUGAGGGAUUCUAACAUUGCCCUAAGGAGGUUGCAGCAAACUGAGCAUUAUAUUCAAUAAACAGCUUCUCCACUUGCGAUCUACAAGUCUGUAUCAUGAACUCAUGACUAUGUAUAGCUAAGAGAUUCUCUUCUGUACACAACCCUUGCAAAUAAGGUGUUUACCUUCAGCUUGUAUUAAAAGCAUGAGGUUGAGAGUAACAAUGAUAUGUAGAAAGCAACAGCGUGGCUGACCAGUUUUUAAAGAAAUGUUAUUGUUUGUUUGUUGUGACAUUAAUUUUUUUGGAUAUCAUUUCCAUUUUUCCUAAAUUCAGUAUUUCUGAAAUACAGCUGUUUGUAAGACCAUGCUCAAUUUCAAGAUGUAUUUUUUACUGAUGUAAAUAAAUCAGAGUUUUAUACGCAAGUUAUGAGUUUGAUCUCCCUUACAUUCUGUCUGACGUUAGCACAAAUCUCAAUCUAACAUUAUGCUACCGAUUCCUUACUCAGUGCACUAAUGAGUGCCCUUUGCUAUGAAAAGUCCUUUUGCUUCUUUCUUCCCCAGCCCAGCACAAGUUUGUCUUGUUUUGUGUUUCUCUAGGACGUCAGUGAAAUAGGUUGCAUUUUCAUUCUGCAAAUAUGCAUUUUUAGGCUACAAAAUCCAGCCUAGACACCAACAGACCAGAACAGAGGUCAGCUGUGCUUCCGCCUCCAUCUGUCCUGAUUUAAGCUUGAACUACCUGGCAAUUCUGUACUCCAUUCAGAGUUUCUACAUACAAGCCUUUAAUGGACUCAUCAUUUCAUACUCUCAGCAUCCGUGGAUGACCCAAAAGCACUAUACACCCCCAGUUACUUUAUUUGACUUCAAGAAAUACCCCAGAUAGAAAUCUAUGCAGGUGAUAAAAAAAACAGCGUAUUGCAGAAUUUUCAGUGCCACACUUCUUAAUAUCCAAAGCAUUUCAUAAUUAUUUAUGAAGUCUUAUUAUUAAGAGAAAUAUUCUGAGAAGUUAUGCCUUUUGUUUUGGGAAGAGAAGAAAUCACAGGACAGAGUUUAAGUAACCUGUCCUUACUGUCACAGCUCAUCACUGCGGAACUGCCAACAUCUACUGAAGAUAGAUUCUUCUAGAUUAACAAGUCAUGAAACCUCCCACAUCAGAUAAACUCAGUGGCAUCAUGAUUGCAGCAUGUACACUGCAGGUAUGAACUUCAAACUGAGAUUUAGCUCUUGCUGUGCAAGAUGCUUGGUGCAUCUUCACAACAGUAUAUUGGGCUAUCUGAAAACUUAGUGCAAAGGUAGCAAGUAUGCAGUUCUUCCUACUGACCACUUUGAAUGAAUAAUAAAAAUAUUAGUCAAAAAAAGGAUGUUCAAAUAUCAGUAAAUGCUCAGCAGGGGAAGGUCAUCAAGGCCCAGGGCCAUAUUAUUCCUCUGAUCCUGUUUCCAUUCAUCUCAUGUAUGCCUGCCCUGCAGCUAUCCUGUACCACGCUGCUUGCAUCAUCAUCUGCAGCCUUCGCAGCUCCAACUGCUUUCCGCAUUUCAAAAACUCAUCAUAUUCUUUCCUUUUUCUUUACCAGUACAAAACUCUGAGUGCAUUAAGUAACCCUGUAAGGAUUUCUGGAGAUAGACGAUCUAGUGUACACCCUUUAACAAUGUUAUUUUAAAGGAGAAAGAGGCAAUAAGCCUAUCUUACUCCAUACGAAUCCCUCCUGCUUUAAUAAAGUUUUCCUUAAGGCAUAGAUGAGCUGAUUAUAUAGCAAUUAAAGAGAAACCAAAAGCUUUUGAUGCUUCAGACUGAGCCAUUGGGUCCUUAGUAUACGAAAGAAUCAAAGCUGAAGCUUAAGGAUGCUAACAAAGACCUGUCCUUCCCUACAGCAUUGCUGUAAAGCUAUGAACAAUACUUCCCAGGCUUUCCACCACAAAGAUAAGCACCAAGGCCAAGAUCACUCUAGAGAUAAAACCUAAACCAAGAAAUUCACUAGCUGCUCAGCUUUUAAAAGCAAGUUCGAGCCAAUCUAAUAGUGCAAUUUCCAUCUUGCAACCUUACUUCCUCUUAAGCCUGCUUAAACUGGGCUUAAGUGUAAUAACUCUUUCUUCCUAACUGGAAAUUAAGCCUGCCAGUACAAUUUAAUGAUUUGUUUUUAAAAACAACUUUUUUUUCUCCACUGUGUAGCUUCAUGAUUUAUGAAUGUAAAUAUAGUUAACACAUGGGCAAUCAGGGCACAAGGCAAUACAUCUCUCUGGAUUUUUCUAAAUACUGAUUUUUUUUUAUUCAAUAGCCCAAUAUCUAUGUAGAUCCCUUUAUCUUCAUAUUUCAGAGAAAACACAUGCAUAUACAUGCUUGCAUUUAUCAUCAUAACAGCCUGGCAUGCAAGCGUGUUCUCUGUAUCGCAUUUUUGUCCUGUGGAUAAUCCAUGGAGCACCAUGGAUGCCCUCCUGUCCCACAGGGAUCUGCAGCUGAGCAGCCAGUAAAACACAGGAGUCCUGGGAGGCAGUUUCCUAUUCCUGAGCCUUAGACAAAUUUCGUAUCACAGCAAUCUGUGUAGCAAAUUAACAACAAAUGGUAACAGAGAGUCCUAAGGUGCAAAAUAAAGAACGAAUCUCGAAAAUAGUAUGGACAAUUAAAAAAAUAUAAUAGCAUAUUCUUCAAAUUGAGAAACCUCAGCUCUUCAGAACUACAUGUUCUAGAAACAGCAGAGAAACCACAUACUGCAACUCUAUGCUCUGCUCGCCCUGACAAGUCGAAGAUUUUCUAUUUCUACAGCAUUCCCUUAUUCCCUUGACAGCCAAAUAACUAGAUUAGCUUUUACACAGAGGAAAAAAAAAAAAAAAAAGAAAAUACACCACCUCUGCAAACAUCACAGCACUAGGAAUACAGUAGGCAUUUAGAUGCUCAGUGCAUUCCCAGUUUCCCUCAGCAGACCAAUGGCUCUGCAUCUCUCUACUCCCAACAUACAGUGAAGGUUGCUGUGACCUCUUCAAAGGCUGUUUGCAGACAGCAAAAAUAGAAAGGCAUUUCUCUAAAUAAACAGCACACUAAUAACUGUAACAGUCAUUUGAUAGGUUUAAUUUAGAUUGCUUUCAGCUAAAAUGAGACCUGUGUGAGCCUCUGUAACCUUCCAGUGCUACUUCCCAAGAGACUGAUACGUUCAGAAGUACAAAGCAACAGCGCUAAGGCUGACCCUCUCCAUUCACCCAUUUUUGCACAAAUCAGUUCUGUGAGAAGAUGAGCAGCUCUGAAAGCUAGUGAGGUGCCCAAUGGAUCCAAUCAUCUCGACUCAAAUUUUCCUUUCAACCAAAAUUUGCAUAAAACUGAUCCAAGGCCCAAGCUACAACUGAAUUAGUUUUGUAAGUCAAGCACGUACCAGUCCUCAGAAGCGUCAGAAAGAGGACCCUGCAUCAUCCACACUUGUUUGUUUGCAUGUUUUAAGACUACAAAAUGCCUCUGGUAUGAAAGAGCAAUGACUUUAAAAAAAAAAAAAACACUAUCCUACAAACAGUACGGUUACUAAUUAAGUGUUGAGUUUCACUAUUUUUACUAUUACGUAUUCUAAGGUUUGGAGAGAAUACUGGAAGAACGGGCAGGUCAUUUCCAUAAUUUUAUCUCCAGGGAAAACCUUGAAAGGGCGCAUUCACUGUGCUGGUUGGUAAUGGUUACCCUGUAUGCUCACAGGCUGAAGAGGGGAUUCGAUUCUUCCCUGUGAUUUGCUACCUCGCCUGAGCUGUACGCAAAGGGCAGGAUUAGAUCCAUAGUUGAACAAACACACACAGACACAUGAAAGAGAUUUUGUCCUUCAGAAAGCCUAAUUAACACAUCACACAUGCAUUUUCCCCAAUAAUAACAGAAAUUGGCAACCAUGCAGAAUAUGCUGUCAAAAUGUUAUGGUUUGCACUAGGCUGUGAAGGGUUUUUUCCCCUCAGGCAGAGCAAUAAUGGCAACUACAAAUAAAAACGUAAGUUUAAAAGAUUCAAGUGAUUAUGAAAUGAAACAAUUUUUUUUAAAACUGAUCACACAAUCUACCAAGAGCUUGGGCUGAACCCAGGAGUGCACGUUCCAUCCACAUGGGAAUUUGUUACAAGGUGAAGCGUUGGCCCAUGGCAAAAUAAAUUAUCACAUAGCUCUCUGCUGAGCAGUUGUUCAGGAUUGGGUAUAAACAUAAGCCAUGGCACUCAGGUGAAGUCUCCAGGGACUAGAAACAGAGAAACAUCACGCUUUUAUUUUUUUUUUUUUUAAGAAACAGUAGAAAUGAGGACCCGGGAAACAACAAAUUGGUGAGCCACACCUCAGUGCCUGGGAAGAUCAUGGAACAGAUCCUCCUGGAAACCAUGCUAAGGCAUAUGGAGGUGAUUCAAGACAGCCACUGUGGCUUCAGUAAGGACAAAUCUAUGAUGGAGCGAUUCCUGCAAGGCCUUUGAUGCAAUCCCACACAACAUCCUUGGCUCCAGCUGGAGAGCUAUGGAUUAGAGUGAUGCUGUUCAGUGGGUAAAGAAGUGGCUGGAUGGCGCACACUUGCAGCCCAGAAGGCCAACUGCAUCCUGGGCUGCAUCAAAAGAGGGAUGGCCAACAGGGAAAGGGAGGUGAUUGUCCCCCUCUGCUCUGCCCUCGUGAGGUCCCAUC